UAGAGGAAAGGGACAUGUUCGAGGCUGGCAGGGCCGCGGUGCUGCGCGUCUAGACGGGGGUAACAGACCAUCCCCUCAGACAUGGACACCGACGCCAGAAGUGAAAGGACGAGAGUUUGAAGCGUGUGAUCACAAGACGGGCUCGGUGUGUGGGACACUUGUAUGGAAGAGUUAUUUCAUGUUUGAAAUGUGGGAGAUGGUGGCGUUAACGAGAGCGAGCUCUCCCUUCCUGUCGUCUAGGACAAGAUGGCAGCAAUGCAGGCGAACUGUGCAUGCUAUGGAUUUAUAAGUCCAUAACAUGCUCAGAGAAGCCCUGGAUUUGACUUAAAGCGACUCUAUGUGAAGGUAUGGCCUCACAAGUCUUGGUCUACCCACCACACAUUUAUCAAACCCAGACAAGUGCCUUUAGUAGUGUGAAGAAACUCAAAGUUGAGCCCAGCAGUUGUGUGUACCAUGAGAGGGCACACCCGCGGACUUAUUUGAACAGCAGAACCCUUGGCAUUGUGCAUCCAACCAAACAAGCCCGCUCAUUUGUGAACCGAGACUUAGCAGUGGGUCUAAAAGUGCGUGGAGGACAGCAGUACCCGGUGCAGACAGUGGUGGUGCGUGGUGUGCAACGACAGCAGCCCAAAGGAGGGGUACCAGGCCCACUUGUGAUCCAACAGCAACAGCACAAGGAACAGCAGCAGCAUCCGACAGUUGAAGAAAGUGGGAGCAGCAGUGGAGGAACAGGGGCAGGAGGAGGAGGAAGGGGAGAGGGCUGCAGUGGAGGAGGUGAGGGAGGAGGAGGGGCGGAGGGUGACAGAGAGGAAGACUGUGAAGGUUUGAACUCAGCUGACAGCUCUCAGCGAUGUGGGCUGAAACGUAAAAGUGAGGAGCUGGAUAACAGAGGAAGCACCAUGCAGAUUGUGGAGGAACUGUCAUUGUUGCCUGCCAUGUUGCAAACAACAAAUGUGGGGAAUGCAGCUGUGACGGCACCGACGGCUGUUGGGGUUGGAGGAGGACCUUCUAAACAGGGUGUAGGACAUGGCGGUGUAGGUGUUGCAGGAGGGACAGGAGGAGGGGAUGGGGACUAUCAGGUAGUACAGCACGAAGUCCUGUGUUCCAUGAAGAAUACUUACGAAGUGCUGGAUUUUUUGGGGCGGGGCACAUUCGGCCAGGUAGUCAAGUGCUGGAAGAGAGGGACGGGUGAGGUGGUGGCCGUAAAGAUCCUAAAGAACCACCCCUCAUAUGCACGACAGGGGCAAAUUGAAGUUGGAAUCCUUGCUCGUCUGAGUGGGGAGAAUGCAGAUGAGCACAACCUGGUGCGAGCCUUUGAAUGCUUCCAGCACCGGAGCCACACUUGCCUAGUAUUUGAGAUGCUUGAGCAGAACCUGUAUGAUUUUUUGAAGCAGAAUAAGUUCAGUCCGCUACCCCUGAAAGUGAUCAGACCUGUGCUACAGCAAGUAGCUACAGCUCUGAAAAAGUUAAAAAGCAUGGGUCUAAUACACGCAGACCUCAAGCCGGAAAACAUAAUGCUGGUGGACCCAGUAAGACAGCCCUACAGGGUGAAGGUGAUUGACUUCGGCUCAGCCAGUCAUGUGUCCAAGGCAGUGUGUUCAACGUACCUCCAGUCUCGGUACUAUAGGGCUCCAGAGAUAAUUUUGGGAUUGCCGUUUUGUGAAGCCAUAGACAUGUGGUCCCUAGGCUGCGUGAUAGCUGAACUUUUUCUGGGCUGGCCCCUUUACCCUGGGGCCCUGGAGUACGACCAGAUUCGCUACAUCUCACAAACGCAAGGUUUACCAGGAGAACAUUUAUUGAAUGCAGGGACAAAAACAGAACGAUUCUUUUGCAAAGAGUCUGAAUCACCUUAUGCAGCAUGGAAACUAAAGUCAACAGAUGAGCACGAGACAGAGACGGGGAUGAAAUCAAAGGAAGCGAGGAAGUACAUCUUCAGCUGUUUGGAUGACAUAGCGCAUGUGAACUUGAUGAUGAAUCUGGAUGGUAGUGACUUGUUGGCAGAAAAAGCAGACCGCCGGGAGUUUGUAGGCCUGCUGAAGAAGAUGUUGCUGAUUGAUGCAGAAGAGAGGAUUGCCCCUGCUGAAGCUCUCAUCCACCCAUUUGUGACAAUGCAACACCUGCUCGACUUUCCGCACAGCAACCAUGUAAAGUCAUGUUUCCAUAUCAUGGAUGUUUGCUGGACUCGUCCCAGCACGUAUGAGGCUUCCAACCGAAACAAAGGACCCUUCGUUAGACCUACACCGGCCGCCUCAGUCAACCACCCCUUCAGUAAGAUCCCAGCUGUCCAUACGCAAGGUUUAGUUCCAUCAGCACCCUCAGUAAUGCACCCAGGUAUACCACUACAGGCUGGAAGUGCUCAGUUUGGAUGCAAUGAGUCAUUCCAGCAGGCUCUCAUUCUGUGUCCCCCCACAAUACAAGGUAUCCCCACAAAUACAACAAAACAAGCUGGCUACCCUGUGCAUAUGGAAGCCUCUGUCCCGCUGGCCACUCAAGCUCCCUCAAUUCAGCCAAUACAAAUCAGACCUGGAGUCAUCACACAGGCCUGGUCGAGCCGCACACAGCAGAUAUUAGUGCCCACUUGGCAGCAGGUGACAUCUGUGCCCCCACCACCAACCACUUUGGCAUCUGACACUGUGUCAGGCUCUCAGAGAAUUGGCGAUUGGGGGAAAGUGCGUUCCCAUGGUAACCAUUACACCUCCAUGAUUGCACACCCUCAGCCAUUCUUAACCAACCAAAUGACCAUGUCCACCCACCAGCCAGUCAACAUAGGCAUUGCACAUGUGGUGUGGCCACAGCCAGCUGCAAACAAAAGAGCAAAACCUUGUGUGAACAGGUGCAGCAACAACUCCCAAAACACAAACAUUCAAAAUUUACCAUGUCACUCUCCAAAGAUGGCCGAUACAGCAAAGAAUGUGGAAGAGAUCGAGGAAGAGGAGGCCAAAUGUCUAAAGAAAGGGCACUCUGUGGAGGAAGAGCAAGUAGCAGAGCAAGUGGAGGAAGAUGGUGAGGAGAAUUGCUGUAAAGUGGAGCCAGACUGUGAGGAGCGCUCGGUUUCGCAGGAGCAGCGGCAGGCCAUGGUGAUCUCUGACCUAGCCAGCCCAACUGUUAGUGUCAUCAGUAUCAGCAGUGAUGAAGAAGACAAUGCACAAAGACACUCAAUGGGGGAAUGUAAGGGUAGUGUUGACUGUGAAGCGUGUCAGAGCACGGUCAGCAUGGAGAGGGUGUGUUCUCUCAGCAGCCCAGACAGUACGCUCAGCACCAGCUCUUCUGCUUCAGCACAGUCCAGCAACUCCCCCUGCAAACACUCCAACAGCAUGUCGGAUGAUGAACAGGAGAGUGGUUGUGACACGGUGGACAGCUCGCCUGCAUCGCACGGCUCCGGCCACAGCAAUGGUCCCUUUACAGAGCGUCACUACAUUGCUGACAGCAACCAGAACUGUGAGCCUUGUGUUGCAUGCGUUGCUCCAGAAACUGAGCCCAGCAAACCAACGGUUCGAACUGUUGUAGUGCCGCCGAUGCGGGUGCAGAACAACAACAACUGUGCUGUUAGCGAAACACCUGGAAACACAGUCUUAGAGUCUUCAUGCCAGUUCAAAAGGCGAGGCAUUCCUGGACGACAACAUCACCACUCUACCCCACUCCUCAACAGGCCACAAAAAAUCACCCCCGUGUUUCAGCCCCAGCAACAGCAGCCUAUUGGUUUUGGGCAGGUGCAGCAUUUCAGCUCCUGCCACCAGGAGUGGAACGGGAACUUUGCCAACCGGCGACCGCAGGCCUACAUCCCUCCUACCAUGCACGGGCACACGUUCACACUCUCCCACAGCAGUCCCAACCACACAAUGGGCCCCCACCCCCACCUUGGAGGGCACCCGCACUCCCAGCCUACCUUACUGUCGUACCCUCCGUCUGGUCCUCUGGUCCCAGCUGCCCCUGUGGCCCACCUGCUGGCCUCCCCUGGGGCUUCUCGCCCUGUCCUCCAGCCUACCUACAGUAUCUCUCACCCAGCAGGCAUUGUUCAUCAGGUGGCAGUGGGUAUCAACCCCCGGCUGCUGCCCUCCCCUACCUUACACCCCCAGGGCCAGUUCAAGCCCCUUUUCCCCCCACACUCUUACAUCGCUUCACCCGCUUUCGGCAGUUUUCCUCUGAGCCCUACCAAAAUAAACCAGUACCCUUACAUCUGAGUGUGGCUGCUCUGGUACCUUUUCUACCACCGGGGGGCUAAGCAGGAUGAAAUCUAUCUCAAAACCACAAACAUGGCUUUCUGUUCUGAAAACCAUGGCACAACCACAGAGAAAGCAAACUAUUUUUGGAAUCAUGUAGACUUGGGUGUAACUGAACUUCAAGCUUUAAAAAAAAAGAAGAAGAAAAAAACUGGUGGUGACGAUUUAGCAAAAACAUAGAUGGAAAUAACGUAUGGAUGACAGAAUGAAAGAAUGGACGAGUAGUUCAACUCACCUAAUGUGUUUUGCACAUUUGAUAUACCUUUGCAUCGGAUCUUUUACAAAUACUCCUCAAGACAGGUAAAUAAUUGGGGUGUUGUGGAAUAGUUAGAUCCCCCUGUCCCAGCUAUUUUUCUACAUUGCCUUCUUAUGUGUGCAAGACACAUUCACAUUUGUAAAGCCAUCCCAAUCUCUAGCGCUAGAUUGACAUAUGCACAUGUGUCCACAGUGUACGUUGUACUGCGUUUGAAGUAUUUGUACCCUUUUUCGGUGUCUUUUGGUGUUCGCAAUGUCAAGUCAAUAAUCAGAUUUAAAUAAGGUUGUUCCUCACGCUGCAUGUGGUCUUGCAUGAGCAAAAAUGUAAACGGGAAGAUGCAUAGACGUUGCUCUUAUUGUUCGUGUCACAAGACUCGCUGCAUUGUAUAACUGUCCUCAGCCAUAGUGCCUUACAUAUUUGAGGUUGUUCUUGUUAACUACUUAUAUACGACUAUAUACAUGAAUAUUAAUGUACUGGACUGCAGCACUUGAAAUUCCAAUC